CUCGAUACCGGGACGGUCCUGGCCAAAUCGAGACGGUUGGCAGUGUUUCUGCUCACUGGCCGGCAUUCGGGGAGUACCAGCAUAUGCAUCAGCAGCUCAGCCCAGGACGAUGCUAAGCGCUGAAGAGGUCCAGCAAUACCACGCUGAUGGAUACCUGAUAAAGCGCCAGUUCUUCAGUAGAGAGGAAAGUCAGCGGCUCCUUGAGAAAUCUCGUUCGGACAAGGUACUGCAGGAGAGCGCUAUUCGCCGUGAUGACAAGGACGGAAGGACAACAAAGCUAACGGUUUGGAACCAUCCUAUUGAUGAUCUGUAUGGUAUGUUCUCCCGCAACAAGAGGCUGGUAACCGCCGUCGAGCAGCUGAUGGGUGAACCAGUCUACCAUUAUCAUUCCAAGAUAAUGCUGAAAGAACCGAGAGUCGGCGGAGCAUGGGAAUGGCAUCAAGACUAUGGAUACUGGUACAAGAACGGCUGCCUGUAUCCACUGAUGCUGAGUGCUAUGAUUGCUAUUGACCGGGCCACAACAGACAAUGGGUGUCUGCAGGUCCUGAAGGGCUCCCACCACGUUGGUAGAGUGAACCACGGAGUCACAGGUGGUCAGGUUGGCGCAGACAUGCAGCGCGUUGAUGCCGCUGUGUCCCGACAUGAGCUUAUUCACUGUGAACUGGAGCAGGGAGAUGUCCUCUUCCUGCACUGUAAUACACUGCACAAGAGCGCUGCCAACCUCUCCGAUAACCCACGCUGGUCGUACAUCAUAGCUUACAACGCUGUGCGCAACGAUCCCCUCUGGGAGCACCACCAUGCCAGCUACACACCGCUGAAGACGGUCGAUGGCAAUGCUAUCAUGCAGUGGAAAGAGGACACGGGUAGCUCUGAUCACCAGGCAUUGAUCUUCAACACAGAUAAAGACAGUGGAGAUCGCACUGAAGAUUGAUCUAAUUGGCCACUAUUGCAGCUUUCUAAAAGACAAAAAUGACAUUGAAGUAACACAAAGUGUUUUAUACCUGGUCGUAAUCAGCACAUCUUGCCUCAGAAGUAGUCACCUUCUACUGAAUUUCUUUCCCUUUAUUUUGUGAGGUACUUCCUUGAGCUUUUCUCUUACUUGUCACAUCUUACUCGAGAUAACACCAUGUUUUCUUAGACCCCAAUGAA